AUGGCCGAGGUCGUGGACGACGGGGACGACGUCGAGGAGCUGGCCGACCUCUCUGCCCCGGGCCCGCGGGCCCGCCCUGCGGCGGCUGCAGGCGCCGACCAGCUUCCAGUGGAGGAUGUGGAGCUGGUCGCCCUGGUGGACGGGAAGCUGCACGCGUCCGUCGGAUACAACAACGCCCCGGAGGUGCAGUGCCAGUUCGUGUGGCUGUGCCAGCGGCACUCGCGCUGCCGCAGGCUCGCACCCGUGAGGCUGCUAUGGAUGGGCGACAGCUACUGGGACUGGUGGUCGCAGCAUCUCUUGCACAUUUGCGAGGGCCCCGUGCCGCUGUGCGAGGCCGAGCUGCCGUCGAACUGCACGGAGCUGGUUCACACCUCGGAAGUGGCGCGGCUGACGGUCGAGGCGGCGGCGGAACUCUGGCUGCAGUAUCGGGCCACCAACCCAGGUGCGGUGUGGCCGCAGGACCUGCUGGGGCCGCCGCCCGGGGCCGCUCGGCCUGCCGAGGCGCCCGCCGCGGGCGCCCACCCGUUCGAGGACCUCCUCGGCGAGCUGGACGAGGAGCCCUCCGCGCCCAGCGGGGUGGCCGCCCUGCGCUCGCGGCUGAUGAAGUCGAAGGACCGCUUCGCAGCGCUGCGGGACCGUGACAAGGGUGCCGCUCCCUCCGCCGAGGGCGCGGCGCAGGCUGCACUUGCGGUCGAGGCCGGGCCCGAGGUCAAGCGGCCGCUGGCGGAGGCGCCCUCGGAGCGCGCCGCGAAGGUUGCUCGCGGGGGGCCGAAGCUGCUGGCAGCGCCUCCCCCGUCCGACGGAGGCGCGCGCGGGGCGCGCGAUCGGGGGCCGACCGAGGGCGCGGCGGCCUCGGCGGGCGCCUCCCGCGCGGCGCAGGAAAUCGCUGUCGACCCGCAGGGCGCGAUCGUGCUGCUGCGGCUCCUCGCGGUGGACCUCCCGCAGCACCCCGUGCGGGGGAUCGGCGCGCCCGCGCGCCGCGACUUGCAGACGCUCGCCCAGGCGCUCGACCUCUUGGUGCAGGGGCGCUCGGCGGCGUCUGCGGACCUGCUCGCGCGGCGGUUCAAGUCGCUCCAGGUCGUGCUCCACGCCGGGAACUGGUCGGGGGCGAAGUGGCUGGAGGGGGCGAGGCGGCUGGAGUCGCUGCCGCUGAGCGAGGUGUCGGAGAGCGUGGUGGCGCGGCGCAGGAGGUCGCCCGCCGAGUUUGGUCGGCCCACGCGUCGGGUCGAUCUGGCAGUCAAGCUCGCGAGGUUCGCGCAGCUGCAUCCUGGCGCCCUGGGUCGCCUCGCAGGGCAGGCGCUCCCAUUCGAGGGGGGUGGCGCGAAGGCCCGAGUCCGGGACCUGCCGCCGCUGCCUUUCCCGCCCCUCGAGGAGGUUGCGAGGUGGGCCCAGGCUGUCAAGGGCUCGCGGCGUCGCCUCGCGCCCGUAGCCAGGGCGGUCGCGUCUGAGGCGUGGGCCUACAUGAGCGUGCUGGGCCUCAACCGCAUGCGCUGCGGGGUCGCUCGGGAAUCGCUCCGACUCGGAGCGACGCUGACGCUGGCGCAGGAGACGGCCACGCGGCGCAUUCGCUCGCGGACGGCGGAGUUUGUCCAGCAGCCUUUCGAGACCGUGGCCGUCGCUUCUUUGGGCGACACGGUCGCGACCUCGUCAGUGGACUACAUCGGGGGGCCCACGAUGCGCGCCCUCCCCCGCGCCCUCGCGGAGCUGGCCCCUGGCCCGCCGAAGAGGGGGCCCGCGGCGACCCUGGGCGCGAUCGGUUUCGUUGACGAUGAGGUGGCGCGUUGGCUGGCCGACCCCGCGCUGGCGCUCAAGGCGGAGGCGAACUUCCCUGACCCCCUCCCGAAGGGGCGGGUCAACGUAGGCUCGCAGUUCGAGCGGGAGGCCCCGGCGAUGCACCUCGUGGACUUCGUGAUCUUCACCGUGCUCCCCGCCGAGGAGCUGGUCCGCGUCCUCGGCGAGCCUCUGCUGAACGGGCUCUUCGCUGCGGAGAAAAAGGAUGGGGGCCCUCUUCGUGUGGCGCGUGCCCCGUGCAUGCACCGCUACACUGCGGUGGGGCGGCCAGUGGCGGGCUCGCUCUUCGGGCGGCUGGAGCCCGAGGGGUGCCGUGCGUCGGCGGCGAUCGGGAUGGGCUGGUCUCUGGCGGCCCCAGUGCACCGGCGCAUCCACGGGAGGCUGCGCCGCCUGUCACCGCCGCUGGGCGCGGGGCUUCCCCCGCAGGCGGAGCGGCGCAAGGAUGCGCCGCGGCCCGUCGCCGCCGCUGCAGAGGAAGGAGACCCAGCGCGGUGGCAGGUCUACAUCGACGACUUCGACGCGCCCGAGAUCGUGGAGGAGGUCAGAGCGCGAGCCAGUUCUGACAGGGCUGGCGUCGCCUACUCGGCGGAAAAGGCUCACUGCAGGCAGCUUCGGGUCGAGCGCAUGGGGGCGGACGCCGGCGGCGAGUCCGGCUGCCUGGCCGCGCCCUUGGCCAAGUCGCUCGAGGCGAUCGCGCUGUGCCUGGCCUCCUUCAGGCUCGAGGCCGUGCCGUGGCGGCUCGCGAUGGCGAUCCUCGGGCGCUACGCUAGGCUCUCCGAGUUCCGAGGGCCCCUUUUCAGUGUGCUCAACGAGGUCUGGAGGUUGAGCUCGCAGCGCGGCAGCGCGAGGUUCUCGGCGGCGAUGGUCGAGGAGCUGCUGGCCGCCAUGCUAGUGAUGCCGAUGGCCGCGACCUCGCUGCGAGCCAAGAUCGAAGGCAUGGCCGCGGUCUCGGACGCGCCCGAGUUCGGCGGGGGCGCGCGCGCGUCGGUGGGCCCCCGAGCCGAGGCGGAGGCCAGCCUCGGCGGCGCUCCGACGCUGGACGAGCAGAUGCACCUGGGGGCUCGACUGCUGCAGCUGCCCGCCGAGCCCUUUGAGCCCUGGGCGGUCGCCAACCCUCUCACCCCGCGGGCCGCGGUUCUGAGGGCGCCCAAGGUGCUCCUCGUCGGCCUGUUCGACGGGAUUGGGGGCUUGGCGAUGGCCUUCUCGCGAUUGCCCGUGCGGGCCAUGGGCUUCGUCGCGGCGGAGACGGGCGCCAAGGCGCGCAGGGCGGCGCGCCUGCGCUGGCCAGGCGCGAUCGACUGGGGCGACGCGGCGCGCGUGACGGCCGCUGUCGUGAACGAGCUGCGGGGCGCCUACUGCGACGAGGUCGACCUCUGCGCGGCGGCCGCGGGCAGCCCCUGUCAGGACCUGGCCAGGCUGAGCGCGCCGGGCGCGGGCUUGCGCGGCGCCAAGUCCGGCUUUUUCUAUGAGGUGCCCCGCUUGCUGGAGCUCCUCAAGGCGGCGCUCGGUCACAAGCUGAAGUGGUUCGUCGAGAACGUCGCGAGCACGCUGUGCUGGCUGAGCUGGGGGCCGCACGUCGCCGCCCUGCUCGCCGCGGUCGCGAGGGGCGGGCUCCGCGAGGUUCGCGCCCCGAGGGGCCCCCUCUGCGAGUUGGCCUGGCAGGGCGAAGGAGCCCGCUGGCUGGGCGCUCCAGGCCUGUUCCCAACCGCUGCGGGCUCCGUUCCUCGCCCCCCCUCCAGCUCGGAAAGGGAGAGGGUUCUCGGCUUCGAUGUGAACUGCGCGCCCGUAGCCGCGAAGGGCUCGAACGAGCGCGACUGCAGCGAAGUGCGGGCCUUCCUCCCGGGCAACAGCUUCAGCGCCCACGUCGUCGCAUGGCUGGCGCAGGCGGUGCUGCUGGGGGCGAAGACGCUGAGCAGGCCACUGGAGGUGCAGCAGAUGGUGCACUUUGGUUGGCGCCGACUGUCGCGGGGCGCCAUCGGGCGGCACGAGGGCGCGCCGGGGGGCCCAGGCGCCUUGGCCUCGCGACGGUCGGUGCUGCACUACUUGGCCCGAGCGGAGAAGGGCGGGGCCGACGUGCGCCUGGACUGCGGCCCCCCCUACAGCCCGCGCGGAUGGGCCGCGGUCGCGGUGGCCGGCGACAUGCGCCCGGUCGUCGGCUACGUCGUGUCAGAGGACAACCCCGCCGACGAACCAUCCGAGGAGGUUGCGGCGUGGGGCGCCCUGCGGGCCCAGUCGCUGUUCCUGCUCCGCGUGGGCGCCGCGACGAGGCAUCGGCACUCCGCCGCGGUCGACCGCCUGCUGGAGCACUCCGGCGUCGCAGGGGGCGGCGUCGAGGCGCUGGGCCAGGGGGGCGAGGGCGCCGACGCGCUCGUCGCAGGUCACCGGGAGGUCCUCUGGGCCUCGGGCGCGGGCAUCGCGGCGGCGAACGACGCGGCGGCGGGCGCGUGCUUCUUCAGCCCGCGCUUUCGGCGCCGGAUGGAUCUGAGCUGGGCGCUGCUGAAGACAUGGCGGAAGAGGGGGCCCGCGGCACGCGUGCCCCACUUCGCGCCCGAGAUCGUCGGGGCCAUGGCUGGCCUAGCGCUGGAGGCAGGCUGCGUCGACGUCGCGUGCCUCCUGAUGGUUGCUUUCGAAGGCCUGGCGCGCGGCGGCGAAGCCUUCGCGCCGUGCAGGGGCGACGUGGCUUUCCGCGGCCAGCGCGCCGUCCUCCGCAUCGCCUCGCCCAAGGACUCAGCGGGGCGCGAAGCUGUGGAGGCGGUCGUCAUCAGGGCGCCGAUCACCCCCCAGCUGCUGCGGCUCGCCACGCGCGGCCUGGACGAGGUGGCGCUGGUGGAGGGCCUCGGCUUCCAGCGCCCGCUCAGCUGGCACAGCUGCCGCCGCGGCGGCGCGUCGGAGUGCUUCCUGCGGACCAAGAGUAUGGAACUCACCUUGGUCCGCGGGCGUUGGGCCAGCAGCCUCGCAGCCCGUAUAUAUGUGGAGGGCGCGCUGGCCGACCUCGCGCGGGUCCAGCGCGGUGACGCGCAGGCGACGCUCGCCCGACAGGAGCUCCAGUCGCUGCGCGUCUUCUCCGAACUGCUUCGGGGUCGGCACAGGGGCGCCGUGGUCGCAGGUGUUGGCGGAGUCCUGAACGGGGCGCAGGCUGCAAGCAAAGAGGUGGCGCAGCUGUUGCGGGAUCGUGCCAGGGACGUCAUGGCCACAUGUGUCGGUGGUGUCCUGAAAGGGUUCAGGUUGCAGGCAAGAGGUUAA